GCUUUCUUCUGCAAACAUUGAGAAGUUUUAUUUGUUUCGAUUAAACAAUUAUCUUACUAUUUUAGUAAUCAUAAUCUUAGUAAUAUAAUACAACCAUUUUUUGGUAUUUGAUCCUAACAAUUGUUGGGUCUCAGGUCCUUUGCUCGAUUGUUCAAGCGUUUGUGGGGAAUCGACUUGCCAUAUACGCCUACGUUAUAUGUUUGCAAAUAAUGUCGAGUUGGCAAUGGGGCAGAAAUGCUCUGAGCAUAUUGAAGUGGAAAAGACCGGACGAUCCUGAAUCUUCAGGUUUAAUUGACAUUCCUCCUGCGAUUGAAUUAUCCAACCCUGGAAAGGUACCCUAUCCCGAUAGCGUAACCCCCUCUUGGCUCCUUAACUCCGAAAGCCGAAAAGUAGAAUCUAUUUCUGAUUUGGACUUGUUUUUUGAAAGGCUAUACAACUACUAUUGUGAAAAAGGGCUUUGGUGUGUUAUUGUAAAAUGGAUAGUUGAACUCCUUAGUCUUGCUUUCACAAUAUGCUUUGCAGGAUUUUUCUUACUAUAUGUUGAUUGGAUUGGUCUCCGUAAUGCGAAAUGUGGAAUAGAUGCCGUUAAAUCUGGAUUCGAACCCUGUGAUCUUUCGAAAGAAGCUCUCCAUGAUCACCCAUUAAGCCCACUUACGCUUUAUAAAGCGAUUAUUCUUGGGGCUUUGUGUGUAUUUUCGACAUAUUGGGUAUUCUGUUUUUUAAGGUUUUUUGUGCAGCUAAAAGAGACUCUUAAGAUACGCCACUUCUAUUACAACCGUCUCCAUGUCACCGAUAAUGAGUUGAAAACUAUGCCAUGGCCAUCGGUUCUUGAGAAAGUGGUUCUUGUUCAGAAUUCACAUAAGUUAUGUGUAGUUAAAGAUCUGUCGGCUCAUGACAUUGUGAUGCGGUUGAUGCGAAAGGAAAAUUACUUGAUUGGCAUGAUUAACAAAGGGAUUCUUGCUUUCCCUAUCUCGACGAUGAUCCCUGGCACUGGUCCCAUCGUCAAGUCCGGUGUUACGAGGGGCUGUCAACGCCUUGUAUUGCCAAACACACUUGAGUGGACCUUAAAUUGGUGCAUUCUGCACAGCAUGUUUGACAGAAAUUUCUGUGUCAGGAAGGACUUCCUCUCAAAUCCUGAUACAUUGAGGAAUAGAUUUGUAGUAAUUGGACUGGGGAUGAUUCCGCUUUCUCCAUUUUUAACUAUAUUUUUGGCGGUAUUUCAUUUCUUGAGGCAUGCUGAAAUACUCUAUCACCACCCUGCAACUGCAUCAGUCCGACGAUGGUCAAAUCUAUCAAAGUGGAUGUUUAGGGAAUUCAACGAGGUGGAACACUUCUUUAGGCGUCGUGUAGACAGCAGUAUAAUACAUGCUUCGGAUUACCUAAAGCAAUUUCCGUCUCCGAUUAUUUUAAUCGUCCUAAAAUUUAUUACCUUCAUAUUUGGUGGCUUUGCUGCAGUCUUGAUCAUUAUCGCUUUACUAGACGAAUCUCUUGUCGAGGGCCAUAUAUUUGGGCGCAAUUUAAUAUGGUAUGGUGCUGUAUUUGGAGCUAUAACGGCCAUCAGUCGGGCUGCUGUGACAGACGAAGUUCUAGUUCAUGAUCCCGAAGUUGCAAUGUCUUUGGUGGUUCAACACACUCACUACAUGCCAAAGAGAUGGCGCGGUAAAGAGAACACAGAGAAUGUUCGAAUGGAGUUCGAAACUUUAUUUCAGUAUACAGCUACGACGUGGCUGGAAGAGAUGGCCUCUAUUUUCGUGACUCCGUAUUUGCUCUUAUUUGUUGUUCCCAAGCGUGUAAAUGACAUUCUGGAGUUUAUUGCUGAAAAUACGGUAUUCAUUGACGGAGUUGGUGAUGUUUGCAGCUUCAGUGUCUUCGAUUUUCAAAAGCACGGCAAUUGCAAUUAUGCUUCUCCAUACAACUCGCUUCCCACGCAUAGGAGCUCUCAAGGGAAAAUGGAAAAAUCUUUUUUGAGCUUUCAGACGAGCUAUCCUUUUUGGCAACCAGACAGUCAAGGGAUGCAAUUUCUAACCACUCUCGGAACUUUUUGGGACAAAAAGUUGCGGGAUGGUUCUAUUUCGGGAUACACAUACUCACCAUCCAGACGGUGGUCGCAGAGUCUGUGUUUCAGAGACCAAAGCACAAGAAACCGCUAUUUUAGAAGGGAAUCGCCUUACAACUUUCCUGUGCAACGGUAUCGUUUAGGUUCUCUUUGGCUUAUUGAAACCGAUUCUAAAACUUAUCCUUAUCUUCUCGAUUGGUUUUAUGUGUUUGGAUCCCGUCGAGUACUUGGCGAUACUACCAAUGCCUCGACAAUUGUUUUGGAUAUUGACGACAAUGAGGAAAGUAAAGAGUUACGGAUACCAUCGUCACCUAGCAAAGCAAACCAUGAAGAAAGUUGGGUCGAUUUAUUUGAGGAUCGAUCAAGGAGCAAUGUGCAAGCAUCUGCAUCGUUUUUUGGUUUUUUGGGCGAUCAAAGUGUCUUCCGGCAUCCUGACUCUAGCACCAUGCUGCCUCUAAUGAGGAGUCGUUGGUGGGAUCGUUCUGGGCGUGCAGACCCUCAACAGGCAAGCUUUUUUGAGCCUCCAAAUUUCAUGGACCAAGGGAGGAUCCAACAAGGCAGCUUACUCGAGGUUCCUGAUUUCAGCGACCAAGGGAGGCUCCAACAAGGAAGCUUUCUCGAGCCUCCCGAUUUCAUGGACCAAGAGAGGCUCCAACAAGGCAGAUUCCUCGAGCCUCCUGAUUUCAUGGACCAAGGGAGGCUCCAACAAGGCAGAUUUCUCGAGCCUCCUGAUUUCAUGGACCAAGGGAGGCUACAACAAGGCAACUUUCUCGAGCCUCCCGAUUUUAGCGACCAAGGAAGGCUGCAACAAGCGAACUUUCUCGAGCCUAUAGAACUCAACUACCAAAAUGUCAAUGUUCUCUAUCAACACUCAGAAAGGAGCGUAGAUGAGCGUGAUUAGUUUGAUUGGAAGAAUUACCACCAGUUAUCUAGGACAGCUUAUCCUGAUGAUUUUGCUACUAGUCUUGGAGAAUUAAAGCUUUAUUUUUCCGAUGUCUAG